AUGCCGCGCGCGACGAAAGCCGGAGCGAUCCUCGUGAAGCUCCUGUCCACCGCGGAGACGGGGUUCUUCUACGUCAAGAGGAGGAACCCUAAGAAAAACCCCGUCCCGCUCGAGUUCGUCAAGUACGACCCGAAGGUCCGGAAGCACGUCCUGUUCAAGGAGAAGAAGCUCAAGUGA